AUGUUUUGGCAGUUCUGCCUACUGGCAGCUACUGGAUAUGGCAAAUCGUUGAUUUACCAGAUGCUACCACCCGUACUUAAUUUCGUGGAUUUUGGUGCAGAGGAAAAAAAGGCGACAGUAAUUGUUAUUUCUCCGCUAAACGCCUUAAUUCGCGACCAAAUUGUUAAGAUGAGAGAAAGUGGAUUGAGUGUUUGCGUACUCAGAGGAGAUCGCGUGGAUACAGAAGACGGCGGUGAUGAAGAGAUUUCGCUUGAAGUGCCUGUUGAGAUGCUGACAAGUGCACAUUUCGAUCUGAUAUUUACUCACCCCGAGGUGUUGGUCGACAAUAGGAAAGUAUCCAAAUUACUGAAGACGACUUCAUUUAAGGAAAAAAUAAAAGCAAUUGUGGUAGAUGAAGCCCAUCUUGUCAUUGAUUGGUAUGUUGAUACGUUCAAACUGUGUUCUAAUAAGCUUGUAUUUUCCAAUUUGGCUGAUGCUAUCAUGCACGUUGUUAAUAGUCCAUUUAGUACUAACCGGGAUCAUUCUUAAGAGAAACCUCCCUCUAGCAGUUCAUGAGAGCGAUAAUUUGAUAGUCGUCAAUGGGUAAAAAUUAUAACAAGAAUUGAUACCACUGGCAACGUGACGGUGACAGUUCUUGUUAACUUUCAGUUUAACAGGUGUGUACAAGCAUUCUAAAAAAUAGGACUCUGUGUCAUCUAUCCAGGCUCCAGCAGCCCGUUUUUUGGCAAAACUUAGGAUCUUGAUUUUAAGAAUAAUUGAAAGCAACACACCGACUGGUUUUGAUACUUUGAAUGCUGUUGUUAUUUACCCUUAGCAUUCAAUUAGAAAAUGGUUCAUACAUUAAAACUCGAAAUUAACAGUCCUGCCAAUAGCCACUUUGUAUAGUAGCACCUAUUACAUUUUGAAUUUUUUUUUCACAAGUCCACUUAUAUUAUUAUUUUGCCUUUUCUUAACAACAGGAAGAGUUUCAGGCCAGCUUAUGGCAAGUUAGAUUUGCUGACAAGUAUAUUUUCAAAGACACCAAUUAUUGGUCUAACUGCUACUGCGACAAAACAAAUGCAGCAGAAAAUAGUGGAAGCUAUGGGGAUGAUUAGUCCUUUUGUUAUUGAUGUAAACCCUGAUCGUAAAAACAUUUACUUUUCGUCAUCACGUAGAGGCAACCAGGGGGAUGAAAAAUUAGUAAACAUUUUGGACCCUCUUCUUAAAGAUCUCCGUUCUAGAAGACAAGACUUCCCUCUCACUAUUAUUUAUGGAAACCUGGAGACCAUUGCGAAUUGUUUUUCUUAUUUUAGUAGUGAACUUGGAAAUGAACAAUAUGAACCAAUAGAUGCACCAAAACUUGCCAGAAACAGGCUAUUCACUCAAUAUCAUGCCCAGUAUCCUGAACAUGAACGAAAGAGAAUUGUUGAUGAACUGAUUCAGGGUAAAUCAAAACUAAGAAUUAUUUUUGCUACUGUUGCCUUUGGCAUAGGGUUAGAUAUUAGUAAUAUCAGACAUGUACUACACAUUGGUGUGCCCUAUUCCAUGGAAGAGUAUUUUCAAGAAGCUGGUAGGGCAGGGUGAGAUGGGCUACCAGCAGAAGCGCACAUCUUUUUCAACAGUCACGAUAUUUCAAAGGGUAGAAAACAGCUGUCAGAUGUUAUGCGAAAUUAUGUCCAGGAGAAGAAGUGUAAAAGGGAAAUGAUUUUAAAUUAUUUUGGGUUUAAAGCCCCCAGCAGAAGUGGCUCACUCCAUGAGUGUUGUGACUUUCAUCAAAACAUGUGUGAUUGUGAUGACUGUGUAAUAUCCAGUAUUCCAUCAAUUUUGGAAGAGGCAGGCAUACAGGAUGAUGAGACAACUUCUGCUGAGGCAAGUGCAUCAACAUCUUUGACCUUACCACCUGCCCUUGAAGAAAAAUUAAGGGAAGAACUACACGUUUAUCGAUUUUCCCUCCCUGGAACUGGAAGAACCUCUGUUGGAGGAACCAGCUUGAGUAGUGGCAUAACUUUGGAUCUUGUUGACCAGAUUGUUAAAAACAUUCAUCAACUAACUUCAGUGGAAAAAAUCGAGGCAACACUCCCAAUUUUUAGCAGAAGAAAUGCCAUAGCCAUCUGGGAAAUUGUCCAAAAAUACAUUUAA